GUACAGAGCAAGGUCAUCCUGUGUCUUUCAUGGCCUAGAGGGAGGGGGAGAAAUACAGCCCCAGCUGUGCUGUAUUAGAAAGCCGAAAGGACAGCAGAGCAUGCUGACUUCCUCUGCUCACUUCCUUAUUUCCCAGCUCCAACCCCUUCCCGUGUCCCUCAGAGCACAACCCAGGCUGCAGGUCUGGGAACAGCUGCUCCCCUCGCUGCACCCUAUCUGGCCCAGCUGUUGUGCUGGGCAGGAGAUGGAGCUGGGACGAGGAUUCCGCCUGGGGUAAAGCAGUGCUGGUUCUGAACCGCCUUUUGCUGCUCCCCUCUCCCCUCCCAGUGCUGCUGGCAGGGGCAGAAGAGCAUCCUUAAGCAAGGAGACUGUCCCCCAAAGCAUCAGAGAAUGGGUUAAAGCUUCUCUGCACAAGCAAUGAAGGGUACCUACCUUGGGUGCUGAGCAGGCUGCUCCCACCUCUGUUGCCAGCAGCCUGGCUCCUUGGAGUUGAGUAGAGCAGAGGAUGUCGAGUGCCCUCAACCCAGACCCAGCCACAGGACGGCCCUAGUGCACCUCCUGCCACCACAAUGCUACCUGCAUGGCUUCCAGCCAGGCUCUCUUCACAGGGUUCCCCUCCCAGGUCUGCUCCUGGGUGGGGAAGCAGUGAGCUCCUCCACAGCCUUUUCCCACCUGGAGCAUCCUAAAAGAUCCCAGACUCCCAGGCUGUUCCCCUAGCAGGACAACUCCUUGCCCAGAGCUCAGUUUAAUCCCAGUGCUUAAUCCCUCUGUCCCUCAGCAAGGGUCUGGUUGUGCCCAAAAGCACACUGAGUUGAGGUCUGCUGUUCAACCAGUGUUCCAAGUCUGCACGGAUUCAGGUGCCGGGCAGUAAUUCACAAAAGCAAGAACACCCAGAGCUGGAUGCUAGGCAUCUUGCAUCGUUUAAGAAGCAGGCAUAGAAUCAUUGAUGGGUUGCUUUCUUUUGGUUGUGUAACAGUUACAGAGCAAUAGUGUGCAGAAUCCAGCCGCCAGCUCAUCAGCCUAAGGUGGCCGCUCAUUAUCAGGUCAGAUCUCCACCCAAACGUGUGUGUUUUAUCAUGCUAAUUAAGCGUAGGUUUCUCUAGAGCAUCUUUGCUUCCUUUAGUGGUGACAGCUGCACGUACUUGUGGUCAGACAAAGUAGUGCUGUUUAAUACAUUGUUAGCCAGAUUCUUCCAAAUGUUCUCACUUCAGUCCCACUCAAGGCUAAGUAAAGCGCCCAUACAACCACAAAUCCAUGUUAUAAUCGACAACAUACGCCAACCUCUCUGCUUUGUUUCCUAAAAAAAAGUUUGACUGUCGAGUGGGUCCCACUUACCACCUUGCCUCUGAGUUAUGGGUUUCCACUGGAUUACUUGUGCUGCUUUCCUCAGGAGCUGCUUUCACAAGGGUUCGAUUCCUUUCUCUUUUGCUGCUGUGUGAGCAUGAAGCGGGACAACAUACGAUCCCAAUUCGUACCUGAUGUAACGCAUCACAGAUGCAUGGGACAGGCAGUGGAAUGGGUAAUUGUUCUGUGGACCUUGUUUAUGUGAAAGUAAUGCAUCAGUCUGGUUCAGCGAAAGUGCUAUCAAUUCUUAGGAAGUUCUCAAGGCGCUCAUUGGAGUUUUUGGAUAAAAUGUUACUCUUCCUCUGCUUCACCCCUGAAAAUAUUUGUCCCCAAAUACAGGUACUGCCAGAAAGCAGUGAGAUGACUGAGAUAAAAGAAGACAGAAUAAAAUGUCCUUGCAAAAUUAGAUCUGAGAAGAAAAACCGGUCAGACAGACUUAUCUUGCAGACAGACGGCAAGAGAUGCUAGCUGAGCCCCUGCUUGUAAAUCUCGUUUGCUGUGCAGAACAAAGAGUGAUGGACUCUAUGGGAUAUAAAGGCAGCUCCAGAUGGGCAAAGCAACAAACUCAGAACCCACAUCACCAAGUAGGUGUAAACAAAGGAAACGAAGGGCGGUACUUACUGGGGGUGGCUAAUGGGUGCACCGAGAAGAGUGCGAACCCCGAGCACCUCAGGCAGCGGGGAGCGGGCGGAGCAGCGCCGGGAUGCGGGGACAAGAGGAGCUGUACCCCCGGCACCCAGAGAGCCCCCCUAGCGGUGCGCCCCAGCGGACUCUCCCUUUAUUCGAAUAAUGCAAGCUGAAGAUUCCUCUCUGCCUCUUUGUGCGAUAAAGAUGACUGAGCGAGCCGACCGCAGCGGGAAUUUUCCUCACAGCGGCCCACGGCGAUUCCUGCCCGCGCUGCUGGCGGGACGGCCCGCACCGCAGCGGGGCAGCCCCACCGGAAGUGCCCUCCCUCACGGCCGAGCGACUUCCGGUGGACGGGGGCGGCCCUGGGGGCGGCGCCGCGGUUCUGUCCGAGCGCGGCCGCCCGUGCUGCUGCUCCCGGCGCGGAGCUCGGCCCUGCGGGCAGCUCCAGGCCUCAGUGCCGCGUCCGGGAGAACGCUCGGCUCUUCCCAGCGGAGCGGCGUCACUUCCAGCCCCAAGCCCGUGGUGAUCUCCCUGCUGGAAGGAGGGGACGUUCACAGCCUGGAGGCCAUGGCAGGAGACCCCAGCGCAGCAGGUGAUGGUAUCACAACUGUAAAGGAAGAUCUGCAGAAUAGUGGCAUGGCCCAGAGGCAGGGUGUUAGCAUCUCUGUUGGAAAAAUCAGGAAGGAUGUCCAAGGGGGCCUGGAGCAAGGAGAGCACGUCAAGAAGCCACUGGGAAACCAUCCAGGAAAGAGAGCGAGGAAAAACCUAGACUGCAGCACAGGUCAAAAGCAACGUAAAGACUCAAGGAACAAGGAAUUGUGCCGUAAGAAAAGUCAGAAUCCAUGUGAUGGGAGCGAGAAAAACUUUCAAAGUAAUUCUGACCUUGUUAACCAGCAGCACAUCCCUAAGGGAGACAGACACUUUAAAUGCCUUGAGUGUGACAAGAGCUACGUAAAACGUUGCAAUUUGCAUAUCCAUCAGUGCAUCCACACAUCAGAGAGACCCGACAAAUGCCCCGAGGGUGAGAAGAACUUUAGUUCUGAACUUCAUUCCCACCGGUGGGCGCACUCAGAAGACAGACCUUACAAGUGUCAGCAGUGUGGGAAGAGCUUCAAAAGCAGUUCUAAACUCCUUGCCCACCAGCACAUCCACACAGGAGAGAGACCCUUUAAGUGCCCUGAGUGUGGCAAGAGCUUCAAAAGCCGUUCUGACCUCAUCUACCACCAGCGCAUCCACACAGGGGAGAGAGCUUUUAAGUGUCCCGAGUGUCCGAAGAUCUUCAGAAGCAGUUCUGACCUCGCAAUCCACCAGCGCAUCCACACCGGAGACAAACCUUACAAGUGCCCUGUGUGUGAGAAGAGCUUCCGGCAGUGUUCCCACCUUAUGAUCCACCAGCGCAUCCACACCGGAGACAGACCCUACAAGUGCCCCAUUUGUGCGAAAGGCUACAAAAGCAGCUCUCAUUUGAAGAGCCACCAGCGCAUCCACACUGGAGAAAGACCGUUCGAGUGCCCUGUGUGUGGAAAGAGCUUCAAAAGCAGUUCCAACCUCAUCCGCCACCAGCACAUCCACACAGGAGAGAGACCCUUUAAAUGCCCCGAGUGUGAGGAGACCUUCAAAAGCAGUUCUGACCUCAUCUACCACCAGAGCAUCCACACAGGAGAGAGACCCUAUAAGUGCCCUGAGUGUGGGAAGAGCUUCAGAAGGAGUUCCAACCUGACAAUCCACCAUCGCAUCCACACAGGAGAGAGACCUUUUAAGUGUCCACAGUGUCCAAAGAGCUUCAAAAGCAGUUCCCAUCUUAUCUACCACCAGCUCAUCCACACAGGAGAGAGAGCCUUUAAGUGUCCUGAGUGUCCAAAGAACUUCAAAAGCAGUUCCCACCUCAUCCGCCACCAGCGCAUCCACACAGGGGAGAAAGACUUUAAGUGCCCUGAGUGUGGGAAGAGCUUCAGAAGCAGUUCCAGCCUCAGAGUUCAGCAGCACAUCCACGCAGGAGAGAGACCCUACAAGUGCUCUGAGUGUGGGGACGGCUUUAGGAGCAGUUGUAAACUCAAAUCCCACAGGCACAUCCACAGAGGAGACAGAUCAUAGAAGUGCCCUGAGUUUGUGAGAAGCUUCCAGCCUUCUUACCUCCCAGCACAUCCACACAAGAGACAAAACCUGCAAGUGCCACGAAUGUGAGAAGGUCUUCAGCUAGAGCCUACCUGUGGAUUUGCAUGAUGGUGAACUUCACAAGUCCUUUGAGCAGAGGAAGAGCUAUGGAGCCAAAGAAAAUCACGUUCCUUCUUCCUUCCAGGGGAAUCGCCCAUAUUGCUCUCUUUAUGCUGGAGACAGGUGAGUGGACACGCAAAAGAGAAUCCAGUGGUUAGAGCAGGUGGAUCAGAAGUGUGUUUCUGCCUGGUCUGUGCGCAGGGAGUUGUCUGAGGAAGUCACUUCUCACCCCUGGAGAAAUUCAUCUGCUGUGGGGCAGCAGAUGAAGAUCCAAAGGAAACCUUAACUGGUCCAAGAAGUCACCAGGGAGGAUGAAAACAUCUCUGCAGGGAGUGCAGGAAGAGCUUCAGGUGGGACUUAACUUUUAGUAGACCCCAGUAAACCGACACAGGAAAGAGCCCCUAUGAGCACCUUGACUGCAGGAAGAGGUACAUCUGGAGCUGGGAGCUCAUCGCACACCAGUGGAUCCCAGUACGGAACACUGUCCCCAGUGAAUGUGCUGCCUGCAAGAAGAACCUCUGCCACAGCUCAAACCUUGUGAGAACAUCGACACUGGGAGAAGUCCUACCCAUGCCAGCACUGCAGCAAGUGCUUCAACCACAGCUCCAAGCUGACAAAACACCGAUGAGUCCACGAGACAAGAAGCCUUACAAAUGCCUCAAGUGUGAGAAGAGCUUUGUGCAGAGAGUUCCUCACUCGCAGGAGACUGCACUCAUGGAAGAAAUGCUACAUAUGUCCCAAAUGGGGGAAAAGGUUCAACCGAUAACAACGAAAAAAUCUCUUUUCGUACCUCAUUUUUCUUUUGCUCUUCCUGCAAGCAGCUUUUUGAACUUGUUUCCUAAGGAAUAACGUAUGUGUAGGAAUGUUCUGUGUGUCUGUGUGCAUGUGUUCCUCUCAGUAAUUUCCGAUUCCACUGAUUAAUCAGAUGCAAAGGGAGAGCAGUAAAGUAGCUCUUGCAUGUUUACUGAAAAUCACUUGCAGUUGAAAGGGAAGGGGCAGAAUAAAGAAGCUAACUUGUCCCAAA